AUGUCCAGAAUCGAAGGUGCCCCAGCUCAUGGUGCGGUAGCACAUCUCCUACCCGAGACAUACAAGAGAUACGUUUCGGAAUGGCUUGAAGAGGACACCCCGAGCUUCGACUAUGGCGGCUUCGUUGUUGGUGAAGCUGUAUCCGAGGCAAAGCUACUUGGGAAGAGUGAAGGUAUUGUUGCUGGUGUGCCCUUCUUUAAUGAAGUAUUCCGCCAGCUCGGCUGCACUGUAGAAUGGCAUGUCGAAGAAGGUGCAUCCUUUCAACCCAUUACACAUUGCGCCACCGUCCGUGGUCCAGUCCGCCACUUGCUUCUCGGCGAGCGCGUGGCACUCAACACAUUGGCUCGCUGUUCCGGCAUCGCUACCAAAUCCAACCGAUUGCUGAAUCUCCUACGAAAUGCUGGCUACCCGAACAUUCUUGCUGGCACACGAAAGACCACGCCUGGCUUUCGACUUGUCGAGAAGUACGGCAUGUUGAUUGGAGGGGUAGAUGCACAUCGUGUGGAUUUAAGCGCAAUGACGAUGCUGAAAGACAACCAUAUUGUUGCAGCAGGUAGCAUUACCAACGCUGUAAGAGCUGCCAAAGCGGCAGGUGGCUUUGCGAUCAAAGUCGAAGUCGAGUGUCAAUCCUUCGAAGAGGCAGACGAAGCGAUAGCGGCAGGUGCUGAUAUUGUCAUGUUAGACAACUUCACUCCUGAAGGUGUACAAGUUGCCGCAAAAGACUUGAAGGAUAAAUGGGGGCGAGGAACUGGCGACAGGAAACAUUUCUUGGUAGAGGUCAGUGGUGGGCUGACAGAGUACAACGUCGAGAAGUAUGUUUGCGGAGACAUUGAUAUUGUUAGUACGAGCAGCAUACAUCAGGGAGUACCGCAUGUGGACUUUUCGCUCAAGAUCGUACCUCAGACCAACGGCGAUUAUUAUAAGUUUGAAAAUUCAGUGGACAUGUGA